CAAUUCAGCUGGGAUCCAGAAAUAGUAGGACUAAUUCAUGGAUCGUUUUUUUGGGGCUAUAUCGUUACACAAAUUCCAGGAGGCUUCAUUGCAAAUAAACUAGCAGCUAACAGGGUAUUUGGAGCAGCAAUUUUUCUAACUUCAACUCUGAACAUGUUCAUUCCUGCAGCUGCCAGAGUACAUUAUGGGUGUGUUAUGUUUGUAAGAAUUUUGCAAGGCCUUGUGGAGGGGGUGACUUAUCCAGCAUGCCACGGGAUGUGGAGUAAAUGGGCUCCUCCUCUGGAAAGAAGCAGGCUGGCAACUAUUUCAUUUUGUGGUUCUUAUGCUGGGGCAGUAGUUGCCAUGCCACUUGCAGGUGUAUUAGUACAAUAUAUAGGAUGGUCAUCUGUCUUCUAUACAUAUGGAAUGUUCGGGAUAUUCUGGUAUAUAUUCUGGCUGCUGCAAGCAUAUGAGAGCCCAGCUGUUCAUCCAACAAUAACCACAGAGGAAAGAAUUUACAUAGAAACUAGUAUAGGAGGAGCCAACUUAAUCAAUACCAGUAGAUUCAGCACCCCUUGGAAGCAGUUUUUCACUUCGAUGCCGGUUUAUGCAAUUGUUGUGGCAAACUUUUGCAGAAGCUGGACUUUCUACUUGCUGCUCAUAAGUCAGCCAGCUUAUUUUGAAGAGGUCUUUGGAUUUGCAAUAAGUAAGGUUGGCCUUUUGUCUGCAGUUCCACACAUGGUAAUGACUGUAAUUGUACCCAUUGGAGGCCAACUGGCUGACUUUUUACGCAGCAGCAGAAUUUUAACAACUACUGCUGUCAGAAAAAUCAUGAAUUGUGGAGGUUUUGGGAUGGAAGCUACUUUACUUUUGGUGGUUGGAUAUUCUCACACUAGAGGUGUGGCUAUUUCUUUCUUGGUUUUAGCAGUAGGCUUUAGUGGAUUUGCUAUUUCAGGAUUUAAUGUCAACCAUUUAGAUAUUGCACCUCGGUAUGCCAGCAUUCUCAUGGGCAUCUCUAAUGGAGUUGGGACAUUGUCAGGAAUGGUCUGCCCUCUCAUUGUUGGUGCAAUGACAAAACAUAAGACUCGUGAAGAAUGGCAAAAUGUCUUUCUAAUAGCUGCUUUAGUUCACUAUAGUGGAGUGGUAUUUUAUGCUAUCUUUGCUUCUGGUGAGAAGCAGGAAUGGGCUGACCCAGAAAGUUUGAAUGAAGAGAAAUGUGGAAUAAUUGAGCAAGAUGAACUGGCUGAAGAAACUGAACUGAACAAUGAUACCUUUGUUAGCUCAAAGAAAACGUAUGGUGCUACUGUUCAGCAUGGUGUAGCACAAAGGAAAGAGUUGCAGAAGGAAAAGGGAGUGAUGCAAAAUGUUGAAGAACAGACUAUUUACCACCAUGAAAAUGGAAAUUUUCAAGAUUCAUUGUAA